AUGUUGAUGAAAGCCCAGAUUCUUGCUUUGUUAUUGGCAGGCAGGGUGUCUGGAAGCAAAAUUGGACAAGCUAUUAUUUUCAACAAGUGUAGUUAUCCAAUAUAUUAUUCAUCUGUAGGUAGCUAUACCCCGCCACCUCAAGUCCUUCCCCCAAAUGGCACCUAUAGUGAACAGUGGAGAAUACAUACUCUUUACAAUGCAGCUACGCCAAAUAUAACACUAUAUGGGGGAAUAUCACUCAAGAUCUCGCCAAAUCAAAGCAUAGCAACUGCUUUCGACAAAAUGACAGCCUUUGAAACGAGUACUAUUAUACAAUUCGAAUAUACUUACUUACCCACCGCAGCGCCUGGUUUAUGGUAUGAUAUUUCAAAUGUAAACGGAUAUCGUGAUGGUAAUGCGGAUGUUUGGGACGGUAAAUCCCCAUGGCCAUUCCAGAAAGAGGGUCUGGUUCUACAAGCAACAAGUAACAAUUCGAACUGCGAGAUGGUGGUCUGUCCUGGAGGCAAUCCUGGUGGAAAUGCAUCUUGCACUCAAGCAUAUACACAUUCUACUGAUAAUUGGGCUACACAUGGUUGCGAUGUUUCUAACUCUUUGAUGUUAACUCUUUGUACAUCCUAG